AUGAUGACCCGCCGCCCGCCGCCUCGUCAAGCCUCCGAACUACCAAUAUUCACCGGCGCACCGACCGACUGGUUACAAUUCAAGACGGCAAUGGAAGAUACAACUGCCAUGUAUAAUUUCACGCCGAUGGAAAACUUAGCUCGCCUUCGUAACUGCCUACGCGGGGAAGCUAAAGAAGCAGUUGCACCGUUACUAGGUGUCGCAACACCGCCUGAUCAAAUAAUGAAGACAUUAGAACAAUGUUUCGGACGACCGGAAGUCAUCAUAGAUCGAUUGAUGGAAGACAUGAAAAAACUACCGAGACUCAGCGGAACAGCCGUCGAAUUAAAUACAUUCGCCGUUAAAAUUCAGAACGCUGUAGCUAUCCUGAGAAGAUUAAAGCAAGGAUAUCUUCACAAUCCAUUGCUUAUCAGAGACAUACUGGAGAAGCUCAGCCCUCAUCAGAAGACCAGGUGGUACGACUACGCAGUAGAGGCUUCAGAAACAAGUAGCAAGCCAGAAAUAAUUAUGCUGUCGGAAUUUCUGAUGAGAGAAGCUGAUAGAGCCUUGAAGCACGGGUUCUAUACAGUGAAGAAAGAAGUACCUCGACCUGUUGUUAAAACCACAGAACUCAGAAUGAAGAAGCCGGUUUUUGCAAUUAACACCGAGGAAAACGAAGAGGAAAUCAUGAAAUGCCCCGCUUGUGGACAAGGACACAACUUACCUAAGUGUUCUAAGUUCCUCAAUCAGAACAUACAAGAAAGAUGGAACACGGCGAAGAACGCUAAGCUAUGUUUCAAAUGUCUAUCCCGAAGACAUAGAAGAAUGAACUGUCGAGCGAAGAGCUGCGGAAGCAACGGCUGCAAGCGACCGCAUCAUGCGCUACUUCACCAGGAAACGGUUGCAUCAUCCGUAACAACCGUCUCAGAAACCGAAGACACCGUGGCAACAGCAUCUAUUGCUCACGGACGAGAAAUAAAACUGAAAAUACGACCUGUAACGAUAAGUGGACCAAAAGGAGAAACGAAGAUCUAUGCAUUAUUCGAUGAAGGUUCAACAGUCACGCUGCUGGAUAACGACAUAGCAGAAGCGAUUGGAGCCGACGGACCCUCUAAGGCAUUAUUAAUGCAUGGAAUAAAUUCAGAACAUAAAGAGAUGAACAGCCGAACAAUAAAGUUGAACAUUCGCAGUCAAGACGGAAAGGAACACGUCAUGACAGCCAGAACAUUGACCGGCAUGAAUUUAUUAAGUCAGUCAAUACCUGAAAAGCUAUUGGACUUAGAACAUCUUCAAGAUCUCAAACAAGAAGACUUGUGCUAUGAGAAUAAGAAACCACAACUUCUCAUAGGCACCGACAACUGGCAACUGAUCGUGUCCAGAGAACUAAGAAUGGGAAAGAAAAAUCAACCAGCUGCCUCUAAAACACAGCUCGGCUGGGUGAUCCAUGGAAGCGUUCCGAAAAAGAUUAUAAAGCAAGAUUGCGAGAACAUCCUUCACGUAGUGAACGUCAUCUCACAAGGCGAUCACUUAGAAGAAAUGAUAAAGAAACACUUCGAAAUCGACGCACUAGGAAUAGCGACAGAAAAGAAGUUAAAUAAACAGGAUCAACGUGCCGUUGACAUCUUCGAGAGAACAGCGAAACGAAGAGAAGACGGACACUACGAGGUCGGACUCCUAUGGUGCCGAGACGACAUCAAGUUACCUGUAAAUUAUAACAACGCUCUCAGAAGACUGAAAAAUCUAGAGCACAAAUUGAAUAGAUCAGCUGAAGAGAAACAACAAUACGAAGAACAAAUACAGAACUUGGUAAACAAGAAAUACGCUGUAAAGUGUGACGGAUCAGAAACAGGCAGCAAAGUGCAAUGGUACUUACCACACUUUCCCGUUAGAAAUCCAAACAAGCCGGGAAAGGUGCGACUGGUGUUCGACGCCGCAGCUAAAACCCACGGAGUAUGCCUGAACGAUUUCUUGCUAGAAGGCCCUGAUCUGUUGAUAUCACUGAUGAGAAUACUCUUUCGAUUCCGUGAAGAAGCCGUCGCCGUAAAAGCCGACGUGGAAGAAAUGUUUCUUCAAAUAAAAAUAAGAAAAGAAGACCAACCUGCGCAAAUGUUCCUGUGGAGGGAAGAUGAAAAUCAACCGCCCACAACAUAUAAGAUGGCAGCGAUGAUUUUCGGCGCUACGAGUUCACCGUUUCUGGCGCACGCUGUCAGAAAUAAGAACGCACAAGAAUAUAAUGAAACGCAUCCCGAAGCUUUUCGUGCAAUAACGGAAGCCCACUACAUGGACGAUUAUGUGGAUAGUUACGCCACAAAAGAAGACGCUGAAAAAGUAAUAAGUCAAGUGGACUACGUGCACAAGAAGGCAGGCUUCAGAUUAAGAGGAUGGACGAGCAACAAUAUCAACAUUAUGAAGAAUAUACCGAAAGAUCGGCAUGCGAAAAACACAACGCAAGCGAUCACCAAAGAUGAACAGAAGACAUUGGGAAUGUUAUGGGACUCAGUGAACGACGUGUUGAAAUUUAAUACUUCACUGAAUAGAGUUCCCAGAGAAGUAUACAAUAUGACUCGUGCACCGACCAAGCGAGAAACUCUAAGCACAGUCAUGAGUAUAUACGAUCCGCUGGGAUUACUCAGCUGCUAUACGAUCACCGCGAAAAUGAUACUCCAAGACCUGUGGCGACAGAAACUGGGCUGGGAUGAACCGCUGCCGUCAGAAGCCUCUGAAAACUUCGCCAAGUGCAAGGACGCCUACGCCGCAGCAGCUUAUUGGAGGCUGGAACAAGAAAACGGAGACGUUAAGACUAUUUUAGCAGCAGCAAAGGCUAAAGUAGCUCCGUUGAAAAGCCAGACGAUCCCGCGACUGGAAUUGCAAGCCGCACUGAUCGGUGCGAGGCUAGGAAGCAAUAUUGUGAAAGAUCAUCGAUGGAUAGCCGACGCUGUUUUCUUCUGGACUGACGCUCAAGUGGUUCUACAGUGGAUUCAGAACGGGAAUCUGCGAUAUACACCCUAUGUAUCGCAUCGACUGGGAGAGAUCGCCGAGUUGACGUCAGUACACCAGUGGAGAUGGGUAACGAGCAAGCAGAACGUCGCCGACAUAGCGACCAGACCAGGAUACGUGCCGGAGAACCCCGAAGACCCAUGGUUCCGCGGUCCGGAAUUCCUAUCGAGACCAAUGAACGAAUGGCCUCAACAACACUCGAUCAUCGAAGAACGAGAUGACGAACAGAUCAUUCUACACGCAGUAGAAGACGACUGCAGUUUAGAUUGCCUACCUGAUGUAACACGCUUCUCUAGUUACGAGCGUCUUAUCAGGGCGACAGCAAUGGCGCUGCUGUUCCCAGAGAAGUGCCGUGAUCGACGGGCUGCUCUACACGUCGAUCACUUGAGAAGGGCAGAACUUUUAUGGCUCCAGAAGGCACAGAACGACAGCUUCCGCGCCGAAAUAGAACUGAUGAAGACGGGGAAGACACUUCCGAGAACAAGUCCACUACACCGGCUUCAUCCAAUCUAUAAGGAAAAAUUAUUACGGCUGGAUGGAAGAAUCGAAGCUGCACACGUGUCCGCGGAUAUGAAGAAUCCCAUCGUGUUGGACGGUCGCCAUCCCUUCACCAAAUUAUUAAUAAUGAAGGAGCACAGAAGAGCGGGACACGGAAGCCGAGAGAGAGUGGUGAAUGACCUGCGUCAGAGAUACUGGAUCCUAAAGCUAAGACCGACAGUCAGAAGUUUGACGAAGGAUUGCGCCUUUUGUCACGUGAGAAGAGCUAAUCCUAAGAAGCCGCCUGUGGGAAACUUACCCGAAGAACGACUGGGAGCCUUCCACAGACCCUUUUCUCAUUGCGGGCUGGAUUAUUUCGGUCCCAUGACGGUGACGAUCGGUAGACGUCAUGAGAAGAGGUGGGGAGCUCUAUUCACGUGCCUGACAACGCGAGCGGUUCACCUAGAGCUUGUAGCAUCCUUAUCUACGGAUUCCGCAAUCAUGGCAAUAAGAAGAAUGGCAGCUCGACGCGGAUGGCCCAUAACCAUGUACAGCGAUAAUGGGACGAACUUCAAAGGAGCAGAUGCUGAGCUCCGACAGGCCUACGCGGAUUGGACUCCAGCCAUGCAGGAACUAGGACUCCAUUAUCGGAUGCAGUGGAAGUACAUCCCUCCUGGAGCUCCCAGCCAAGGUGGAGCAUGGGAGAGAAUGGUGCGGUCAGUAAAAACCGCUUUGAUCGCUACGUUGAACGAGAAGGCACCGAAAGAGGAGGUGCUGCAGACCGUGUUGACAGAGGCAGAAUACUCUAUCAACGCGAGACCCCUCACGCACGUGUCGGUGGAUCCUGACGACCCUGAAGCGUUAACUCCUAACCACUUCUUGAUCGGGUCAUCAACAGGCCAGCCGUACGUGGGACCCUGCGAAUUGGCUGACAGACGAGCCUGGAGAGCAGCUCAAGGACUAGCAGACGAGUUUUGGAGGAGAUGGCUCCACGAGUACCUGCCGACGCUCGUGCCACGACGAGGAACGCCACAGAACCCCCGAGUGAUCGCUGAAGGGGACGUGGUCAUCGUGGUCGACUCGUCACUGCCUCGCAAUACAUGGCCGCGAGGGAUUGUGGAACAUGUAUAUCCGGGCCCAGAUGGUCAGGUGCGCAGUGCGGACGUCCGAACACGGAGCGGAGUGUUCCGGCGACCAACCUCCAAGCUAGCGGUGCUGCAGGAGACAAUCCAGGAUGCAAGACUAACCUCGCUGUCACCAGAAGAGGCUACGUCGUCACUACGCCGGGGGGAGAAUGUAGAGGACAGCGUGAAAUAA